AUGGGGAAUGAAGGAGUGAAGAAGCUGAAAAUAUGCAUCAUUGGAGCAGGAAUUGGAGGCCUCACAACUGCCUUGGCUCUCGCACAGUCUGGUUUUCAAGACAUCCACAUCUUCGAGAUGGCAUCUGAUCUCGGUUUUGUGGGAGCAGGCAUUCAACUCGCUCCCAACAUGGCCCGUGUCCUUGACCGACUCGGUGUGUGGAAAGACAUCGCAGAGGAAGCGGUUGCCUGCCGCGACACGUCCAUACGAGAUGGCGCAACCGAUCAAGAACUAGCCCAUGUGCCACUCGAAUAUAUCCAGAAGACCUAUGGCUACGAACAUAUGGUCGGCCACCGGGCCUCCCUCGUUGGCGCUCUCUUCAAGGGCUGCCAACGUGAAUCUGCCAUCCGAUUCCACUUCUCCACUCGCGUGCAGGAAUUGACCUCGUUCUCGCCGAAGCCGAGCUUUACCGCCACACCACGCUCGGGCUCUCCCUAUCGUGUCUCGGCAGAUAUUCUCCUCGCCGCAGACGGCGUCAAAUCCCCGACCCGCGAAAUCCUCCUCUCUACGCUGGGCGUGGAAGACAACGUUCAAGACACCGGACAGGCCGCGUACCGGAUCAUGUUGACACGGGAGCAAAUGCAGCACGAUCCCGAAUUGCUGUCCUUGAUCAACACGGAUCGGGUCACCCGCUGGAUUGGCGCUCAGCGCCAUAUCAUCGCGUACCCGAUUGCCAACAAGUCCAUCUACAAUUUGUCGACGACGCAACCGGACGUGAACUUUGCUGAUGCGACGUCCGCUACGUAUACUACCAAGGGUUCCAAGAAGUCGAUGCUACAAGUCUUCGGCGACUUCUGCCCCAUGAUUCGCCGCAUGCUUGACCUCGUCCCCGAGGGAGAGGUUUGUGAGUGGAAAUUGCGGGUCCACGCGCCAUUACCCACAUGGGUCAAGGGGAGUGUAGCAUUAUUGGGAGAUGCCUGCCAUCCCACAUUGCCUCAUCUCGCUCAGGGGGCGGCUCAAGCAAUCGAGGACGGCGCCGUGCUGGGUGUUUGUCUCUCCGCGUUGAAGAACACACAAUCAGAAACCGUCAAUGCGGCAUUGAAAUGCUACGAGGGAGUCAGAAAGCAGAGGGCGGAAACAUUGGUCGAAAUGGCAGCGGCAUCUGGACGGGAGCUACACUUGGGAGAAGGAGCAGCCAAAGAGGAACGAGACCGUCAGUUUGCAAAACUCAAAGCUGCCGGUGGCAUCGGCACCGUGCCCGACAAGUGGGCGGAUCAAGAUGUGCAGAGGCUGAUAUAUGGAUUUGAUUGUAUGACGGUGGCAGAGAGGACGUUAAUAGAGCAACCAAACCCGAUCUGUUAG